AUGUCUAAAAGAUCGUGUACUUUUAAUAAUGAAUUACAAAAUAAAUAUCCUUUUUUAAAAAAAGUAUUUAAUCAAGUUGACCGAGUAAAAUGUUCUUGUGGUUCAGAAUUUUCAGUAUCUCACGGAGGGAGUGCUGAUAUAAAAAAUCACUUAAAAUCAAGUAGACAUAAAAAUAGUUUGUUGGUAUGGGCUGGUUCUUCGAAAUUAACUUCAUAUUUCAAAAGUUCUGAACCACAUAACAAAGAAUUGUAUUUGGCGGCCAAAGAGGCAACAUACGCUUACCACACUGUAAAUCAUAAUCUUAUCUUCAAUUCUAAUACUUGUAACUCUAAAUUGAUUUCCACAUUUUUUGAGCCUAAGUUUACCCUGGGUAAAACAAAGUGUGAUGCUAUUGUUUUAAACAUCCUAGCUCCUCUAGCACUUGACGAACUUCAUGAUGAUUUAAAUAAAUGCAACUUUAUUACCGUAAGUAUGGAUGCUUCUAACAGAAAAGAUAUAAAAACUGUACCUGUAAUUAUACGUUAUUUUCAACCAGAAUUUGGAAUAAGAGUUAAGCUUUUAGAAUUAAGUCAGUCCGGGAGAAACAGCUGA